AAAAAUAAAUAUGAAGACACAAAUCACAUUCCAUUGAGUCACAAAGUUAUUCACUCUUUUGGCAGGAAAUGAAUUGCAAGUUUUGAAAAAUCUUUGCGUUUGUUCCAUGAGGUAUCAAGAUGAAGAAUGUCACCGAAGUAACAUCCUUUAUACUGAAAGGCUUCACAGACAAUCUUGAAUUGCAAAUCAUCUUAUUCUUCUUGUUUCUAGCAAUUUACCUCUUCACGCUGAUUGGAAAUUUAGGACUGAUUGUGUUAGUCAUUGGGGAUUGCCGGCUCCACAGCCCCAUGUACUAUUUUCUGAGUGUGCUUUCAUCUGUGGAUGCCUGCUAUUCCUCAGUAGUUACCCCCAAAAUGUUAGUAGAUCUUAUGUCAAAGAACAAAGCCAUUUCCUACCUUGAAUGUGCAGCACAGAUGUUUCUUGCUGUUACUUUUGGGACCACAGAAUGCUUUAUCUUGGCUGCAAUGGCGUAUGAUCGCUAUGUGGCCAUCUACACCCCCCUCCUGUAUUCAGGCAGCAUGGGACCCAGGGUCUAUGUGCCACUCACCAUUGCUUCCUGUGUUGGUGGCGUCUUGCAUGCUUCUGUACACACAGUGGCUACUUUCAGCCUCUCCUUCUGUGCCUCCAAUGAAAUCAAGCAUGUCUUCUGUGACAUCCCUCCCCUCCUCGCUAUUUCUUGCUCUGACACUCACACAAACCAGCUUCUGCUCUUCUACUUCGUGGGCUCCAUUGAGAUAGUCACUGUCCUGAGUGUCCUGAUCUCAUAUGGUUUCAUUCUGUUGGCCAUUCUAAGGAUGCCGUCUGCUGUAGGGAGAAGGAAAGUCUUUUCUACAUGUGGUUCUCACUUAACUGGAGUGUCCAUUUGUCAUGGUACUGUUCUUUUCAUGUAUGUGAGGCCAAGUUCCAAUUAUGCCACAGAUCAUGAUAUGAUUAUGUCUAUAAUUUAUAGCAUUGUGAUUCCAAUGCUGAAUCCCAUCAUCUAUAGUUUAAGGAACAAAGAUGUAGAAGAGGCGAUGAAGAGAGUGUUUGCAAAAAAAUGGUUUAUCAGUAAAGUACAUUUUCACAGUAUAAAUUAA